AUGAAAGUUGGUUAUUGUCUUGCUGUCGCUUUGUCUCUUUUGGCUUUAGCACUCGUUCUUGCUUCUUUUGUUGGAGUUAAUCCUGAAGUUCCAGAACAAGUCCCUUAUCGGUUCACUGGUUAUCCGACAUGGCUUCCAAAACUAAAAGGAUACGAUCCUAAUCAACUUGAUGCCACUUUACUAUUCAACCAAAUUCUUUUGCUUGUUUCCAGUUACUUUGGAUUAAAAUGGGCAUUUAAUCCUCCCACCAAUCGUAAACUUAUCACACGUUUUUAUAGCACAAGUGAUAGAGAUGCCGCUUCAAUUCCAACAACCGAUUUUGAUCGUGUCUUGGCUAUGUAUAUUGUGUUGACACUCUUAUGUGGUCUCACCAUAUUCAUUGCUGGCGUUGGUAAAAUAUGGGUCGCUGUUGGUGUACUCCAUAACGCUGCUGAAUUCGCAAUUCUUGUUAUGCUUGGUUCUGGCCAAGGUUUAUGCUUCGACUGGGCCCUUAUUAUUGAAUUCACUCGUAUUUAUGUGACUACUUUACGCGAGCUUAGACUGCAGCAUCGUGACAAUUUAGAAGAACUUGUUGAACCUGAGGAUGAUGAUCCUUUCUCUCACCAUAGGUCUUACCAUGCGAUACUUAGUCAUCCUCACCAAAUUUUAUUAUUAAUUAUUGGUGCUGUAUUCCAUAUUGCUGGCAAUAUAGCGUUUACUGUUUUUAGAUUCUCGUUUUAUGCCCUUCUUGCGUUCUUUUUCAGUUACUGUGUUACGUACCCUGCCUAUGCUUACUAUAUCUAUUUAGACCUUCACGUCACAAGUAAUCAUCCACAAAAACGUAUUUACCUCCCUGAAAAUCCUUGGUGGAAG